CUUCGGCACCUGCUGUUCUCCCAGAAGCGACGCGGGCGCUAUGGAGGGUGCUGGGCUGCGCUCCUGUCGCUGUGGCUGCUGCUCUGGGCAGUUCGGACGGCGCUUGGAUUUGGUGGAGGCCAAAGUCUUGUCCCACUGGCACGAGUUUGUGCUGUACAAGUCUGAGGCGCAGCGGAAGUUCGAGGACCUCUUCGCACGGCGGCGGCACGGCGGGCGUCUGCCGGCAGAGCGUGCGGAGCGCACGGAGCUGGAGCGGCGGGUUCUCCAGGUCGAGGAGAAGCACGCUGAGCGUUUGGAAGAGCUCAGGGAGGCUGUGGGCGCGUGUGUGCUGCGGGAGGAUCUCGGGCGCUUGUGGCAGGAGCAAGGCUACAAUGACGAUCGCCUAAAUGCGCUGCUGGAGCAACGAAACCACCAACUGCAAGGCCUUGUGGCAAACCAGGUGGCUGAGCUGCGGGCAGAGGUGGAGGAGGUGUUGCAGAAGCGUGGCGAAGAGGUGACCCAGCACAUCCAACAAGGUCACGAGGACCUCCUCCGCCUGGCACAGACCGUGGCGCAGCAUGGGGUGACCUCGGCCAUGGUGGAGCUCACCUCUGAGGUGGCAGCUGCUGAGAGCCGAGCGGACCAGCAAGUCAGCAGGCUACGAAGUGAACUGGAGACUGCUGAAGCGGCAGCGCAGGAGGCGUGCGCUCGGAAUGCCAACGAGAUCAGCAGAGCUGUCGAUGCCGCGGACUCCGUGAAGCCAAGGCUGCAGCAGGCGAAUGCGGAGGCCCGCGCUGCUGUGACAUGCUUGGAGAUCUCGGUGGAGAAGCGCAUGCAAUGCUUUGCUACAGGAGUGGCGGAAGACCGUGGCGCCUGCCGCGAGCGGCUGGAUCAGCUCUUUGCCUCGCAGGCGGAGUUGGAGCAGCUCCUGCAGAAGCAGGACAUCAAUGCUUCAGAUUCGCGCUCAAAUCUCGAGGUGCUGGAGCGACGUUUCCAGAGCCAAGGUCAGAGGCACGAAGAGCUUCAAAGGAGCUUCUCGCAACUGCGGACGGAGCUGAGCGAGAGGGCAGAUGCACUGGAGAGCCGGCUGGAAGCCGAAGUCACAGGCUGCAAAGAUGAAGUGCAGGAGCAACUGGCAAAUCACAGCCAGGCGCUGGUGGCAGCGCGGGAGGCCCAAACAGCGGCGGCCCAAGCGCUAAGGGAAGCCUGUGAGGCAAAGGGCACACAGCAGGAGUUGGAGGAUGGUCUGCAAGACUCCCAGGAGCGUGUCACCACCUUGGCAGCCACGAUGUCCUCCCUGCAGGAUGCCAUGGUAAGCUUCAACAAAAAGCUUUCGGGGCUGAUGGACUCGCAGAAGUUCUUGCAGCAAUCCUUUGCCAAUGUGCAAGUGGUGCAGAACGAGGGGUCAAAGACGAACGCAGCGAAUGCCAAAGUGCAGGAGCUGACGGAGGAAGCAUCCAAAAUGCAGGCGCAGCUGCGCAGCUUGACGCCGCGGGUGGCCGCCCUGGAGUCCGGCGAUGUGGAGUGGUCUGCCUCAGUAAAGGUCGAGGUGGGAGAACUCCGUGCAGAGGUCGAGGAGUUGUCGAAGCGCCGUGCAGCUUCAGUACUGCAAGCAGAGAAGGUGGAGGCUGAUCUCUCCCAACGCCUGGCACACCUGGAGCACGCGAAGGGUGCGUGGGUGCAAGUGGUGCAGAACGAGGGGUCGAAGGCGAAGGCAGCGAAUACCAAAGUGCAGGAGCUGGUGGAGGAAACAUCCAAAAUGCAAGCGCAGCUCCGAGCCUUGACCCCACGGGUGACCGGUUUGGAGGCGGCGGUCAUGGGCUCUGCGGAUUGGUCUGCGAUCUCGGUGAAGGCUGAAGUAGCCCAACUUCGCUUAGAGGUCGAGGAGUUGUCGAAACGCCGCGCAGCUUCAGCACUGCAAACUGAGAAGAUGGAGGCGGAUCUCUCCCAAAGGCUAGCACUCCUGGAAUGCGGCAAGGGCGCGUGGGGGGAGGCUCCAAGUACUCCGAAGCUCUCCCACUUGGCGCAGCAGGUCGAGGCCAUUCGCUCGGCCAGUGCGGCCAGUGAAGGCCUGUUUUGUGAGCUGAAGACCACGAUCAUGAGGGUGGAGGAUUUGCAAGUCCAGGUGAAUCGCCUCUCAAGAGACUCCAAGAAAGGCUCUGAGAAGAUUGAAGGUGCCGUCAGCCGUUUGCAGGACAUGGAGAGGACCCUGGAGCGCCUCAGCAAAGCCCGUGAGAGCUCCGAGCUUUGGCGGGAAGUGAGGGAGCUGAGGUCGCAAAUCUCGGAGCUGAGACUUCAGGGCUUGAUCCGUAGUCCGAGGAGUGGUGAAACGCAACGACUGGGAUGGUUAGAACCAUGAGGAAAACCAAGGCCAAAGAAGCCAAAGAAGACAUUUAUUGUGGACUCUGAGUCUGCCCCAGCUGGCUUUUGUUUUGAUGAGCGCGACCGAGGGACUCAGUGUUGCAACAAGACAGGUUCAACAAGGUUCCU